GUGAAGAAUUCCAGCCAACCACGAGCAGGAGCGCGCGGAAGGCGUGGCGUGGCGGUAGGGUGGGAAUAUGAGCAGCACGAGAGGCGCGCGAGGGGCACAACUGUCAGUGGAGACGACAAACAGCACACGAGCCCUGUGAGCAACUGAUAUCAGUCCGGAGGAUGUCAGCGGCGGAAAGCAACAACAACAACAACAACAUGUCCCACCAGGCGGCGAACGGCGUUGCGUGCCGGGGCAAGGUGCUCACUGUGGACAACAUGAACCCCAGAGUGAAGAAGGUCGAGUACGCGGUUCGUGGCCCAGUUGUCCAGCGAGCGGUGCAGAUAGAGAAGGAUCUGAGGGAGGGAGUCAAGAAACCUUUCACAGAAGUCAUCAAGGCUAACAUAGGCGAUGCUCACGCCAUGGGCCAGAAACCAAUCACAUUUUUCAGACAGGUCUUGGCUAUGUGUAGUUACCCUGAACUCCUGAAAGACAACACGUUUCCAGAGGAUGCCAAGCAAAGAGCACGGCGUAUUCUCGGGGCCUGCGGAGGCCACAGUAUAGGGGCCUACAGCGCCAGCCAGGGCAUUGAGUGCAUACGUCAGGAUGUGGCGCGCUACAUAGAGAAGAGAGACGGUGGAAUCGCCUCCAACCCUGACAACAUCUACCUCUCCACUGGAGCCAGUGAUGCCAUUGUGACCAUCCUUAAAUUGCUGGUGCGUGGCGAGGGUCGUGACCGUACGGGUGUGAUGAUCUCCAUCCCCCAGUACCCUCUGUACUCGGCCGCCAUCACAGACCUUGGCGCUGUUCAGGUCCACUACUACUUGGACGAGGACAACUGUUGGAGCCUUGAUGUCGCAGAGCUCAGGAGAGCCCUCAAUGAAGCCAGGCAGCACUGCAACCCCCGCGUCCUCUGCAUCAUCAAUCCCGGAAACCCCACCGGUCAGGUCCAGAGCAGGCAGUGCAUUGAAGAUGUGAUCCGAUUUGUUAAAGAAGAGCAUCUUUUCCUCAUGGCUGAUGAAGUCUAUCAGGAUAAUGUGUACGCAGAGGGCUGUAAGUUUCAGUCCUUUAAGAAGGUGCUGUUUGAGAUGGGACCAGAGUACUCGAGUACAGUGGAGAUGGCCUCCUUCCACUCCACCUCCAAAUGCUACAUGGGAGAGUGUGGAUUCCGCGGCGGUUACAUGGAGGUGAUUAACAUGGACCCUGAGGUGAAGGCCCAGCUCACCAAACUGGUGUCGGUGCGUCUGUGCCCGCCAGUCUCUGGACAGGCUCUCAUGGACCUGGUGGUCAACCCCCCACAGCCUGACGAGCCCUCCUACACAACGUUUAUGAAGGAACGGACAGCGGUGUUAGCAGAUUUAGCAGAGAAGGCCAGGCUAACAGAGCAGAUCUUAAACACAGUACCCGGUAUCACCUGCAACCCAGUGCAGGGGGCCAUGUACAGCUUCCCCCGCAUCACCUUACCUCAGAAGGCCAUCGACAAGGCAAAGGAGGCAGGCCAGAUCCCAGACAUGUUCUACUGUAUGAAGCUGCUGGAGGAGGAGGGGAUCUGCCUGGUGCCAGGUAGUGGCUUCGGCCAGAGAGAGGGAACCUUCCACUUCCGGAUGACCAUCCUCCCGCCCACCGAGAAGCUGAAGGUUUUGCUGCAGCGGCUCCGCGACUUCCACCUGCGGUUCACACAAGAGUUCUCAUAACAACCCCGCCACCUCCGUCUUUGAACCACACCUCAAGAUCCAACUCAUUCAGUGCCAGUAUCUUCAAGUGCCUUUGUGUAAAGGAGACGGCGCCGCAACGUAGCCUCCUGCAGCACACACCUCUCGCUGAAUUCACACUAGAUGAGAUUUUUAAUGUUUUGAAUCAGAACCAUGGAUAUUUCUAUGUCUAGACAGCUAGUCUGUUCCUGCUGAUGUGUAUGUGAUAAUGAUGAUUUUAGGGGCAUCCCUCUCCUGCCAAGUUAAGUUUAAUUUUAAACACAUGUUGGGUCACUACUUGAAUAACCUGAAUGGUGUAGUAGAGCCCUUUGUGUUACUAAUGUUUAAAUUGUUCUUAAAUGUGAUUAAAAACACUUGAACUACUGAAA